AUGGAGAGAGUUAUGUUUUGGAAUUCUUUAGGGAAUUUGAGUAGUAAUAUAAAUGAUCUGUGGAUAGUAGGAGGGGUUUUUAAUGUAAUAAGGCAUACAGAGGAAAAACUUGGAGGUUUACCUGUGACUUUUGAAGAAUCAAAGGACUUUAACCACUGUAUAAGCAAUUGUAAUCUAGAUAAAAUUGCUUUUAAGAAGAGUAAGUUUACAUGGUGGAAUGGAAGAGUAGAUGAAGAAUGUAUAUUCAAAAGAUUGGAUAUAAAACUAAAGAGGACCAAGGCUGCAUUGACUAAGUGGAGUAAGCAAACUUUUGGAAAUAUUUUCAAAGAGAUAGCUACUCUUGAGAAGGUAAUCAAGAUAAGGGAGAAGAAGUUUGAAGAGAAUCCAUCAGGGGAGAAGAGAUGGAGAGCAAACACAAACUUUUUUCAUGCUAGACUAAGGAUGAAAUUGCUGGAACAUAAGGAUGAAAUUGCUAAAGCUGUUGUAUUGUUCUAUCAGAACCAAUUUCCAAAACAAGAGGAUGUUCAUGAUUUUUUAACAUUGGAUUUAUUACCUACAGUGGUAACAGAUGAACAAAAUACUGGAAUUAUAAAAGUACCAACAUUGGAAGAAGCAAAAGUUGCAUUGAUGGGAAUGAAUAGAAAUAGUAUUGGAGGUCCAAAUGGCAUGACUGGUUCUUUCUUUCAGGAUUCUUGGGAAAUAAUAGCUACUGAUCUUCAUCAAAUAGUUAUAGCCUUUUUCUAUGGAUAUGAACUCCCAAGGUUUAUUACACACACAAAUUUUGUUCUUAUUCCUGAAAAGCUAACUGUUGCAGUUCUUUAG